UGCAGUCAUUGGGCUUAAACUGACCGGGGGUCGAGUGUCGCACUGAGACUGAGAGUGUGCAUGUGAGUGACAUUGAGCACCAUCAUCAACUCUCCCCUGCAGCCUCUUGCAGUCUCUCUAUCCUCAUCCUGAAGAGAGACACAUGGCAUCAUGCAACAAACAAGACAAGUUAAUGAGAGGAUGAAAUAUUGCUUCUUCUAAUUUUGAGAACUGAGUUACGAGAAGCGAGAGAAAAGAGGCAAGUGAGAUACCGAAGUAAAGCAGAAUCUUGUGGUUGCAUCCAGCAUCCAGCUUUUUUUUAGGCAGCAAGAGGAUGCUGAACAAUAUGACGGACUGCGAGGAGGGAGAGGGGGGACCCACCAGCCAGGGUGAUGGGAACCCCAAAGAGAGCAGUCCAUUCAUCAACAGCAGUGCAGCAGGCGACACAGGCAAGAGCCAGCAGUAUGACGGCAAGAAUAUGGCUCUGUUUGAGGAGGAGAUGGACACCAGUCCAAUGGUCUCCUCUCUGCUCAGCAGUCUGGCCAACUACUCCAACCUGCCUACGGGCAGCAAAGAGCACGAAGAGGCCGAGAAUAACGAGGAGGGGGCUCGCCCGUCUAAGAAACCUGUCAAGGCUCCACAGCUGGGCACUCUGAUGGGUGUGUACUUACCGUGUAUCCAGAACAUUUUUGGUGUGAUCCUCUUUCUGCGGAUGACUUGGAUGGUCGGGAUUGGAGGCGUUUUAGGCUCCUUUGUAAUUGUCUUCAUGUGUUGCUCCACAACGAUGCUCACAGCCAUCUCUAUGAGUGCCAUCGCAACAAAUGGAGUUGUACCAGCUGGAGGUUCAUAUUACAUGAUCUCUCGCUCUCUGGGGCCUGAGUUUGGUGGAGCUGUUGGGAUCUGCUUCUACUUAGGCACCACUUUUGCAGGUGCCAUGUACAUUCUUGGCUGUAUUGAAAUUCUGCUGAUUUAUAUCGUUCCUCAGGCAGCCAUCUUUAAGAUUGAGGGUCUUGAGGGGCAGGAGGCAGAGGCUGCUCUCCUCAACAACAUGCGGGUGUAUGGCACCAUUGUGCUGAGCUUCAUGGCGCUGGUGGUGUUUGUGGGGGUCAAAUAUGUCAACAAGCUGGCACUGGUCUUCCUGGCCUGUGUCAUCCUCUCCAUCGUGGCUGUCUAUGGCGGAGUCAUCAAGACCGCCAUUGACCCUCCCGUAUUCCCCGUCUGCCUCUUGGGAAAUCGAACUCUUGCUUCGAAAGGAUAUGACGUCUGUGCAAAGGUCAUUGAAAUAGACAAUGAAACCGUCACCACAAAACUGUGGAUGUCCUUCUGUGAUUCUGAGAAUCUCAAUGCCACUUGUGACGAAUACUUUACCAACAACAAUGUUAAAGAAAUACAGGGCAUCCCAGGGGUCACGAGUGGCAUCCUGGCAGAGAACCUGUUUGGUAACUACCUGGAAAAAGGGAUGUUCCUGGAGAAGCGUGGGCUUGCAUCAGAAGCAGAUCCAGACAGUCCCGCAACCGGCUCCAACCGCUACGUCCUGGCUGACAUCACCAGCUUCUUCACCCUGCUUGUUGGGAUAUACUUCCCAUCUGUCACAGGUAUCAUGGCAGGCUCCAACCGCUCUGGAGACUUGCGUGAUGCUCAGAAGUCGAUCCCCAUCGGCACAAUAGCAGCCAUCACCACCACAUCUAUUGUGUACAUGUCCUGUGUGGUGCUGUUUGGUGCCUGUAUAGAAGGAGUAGUCCUAAGGGACAAGUUUGGUGAAGGGGUCAAUGGCAACCUGGUGAUUGGGACUCUGGCAUGGCCGUCUCCAUGGGUCAUCGUGUUUGGCUCCUUCUUUUCCACUUGCGGAGCAGGACUCCAGAGUCUGACUGGAGCGCCACGUCUCCUACAGGCCAUCGCUCGAGACGGCAUCAUCCCAUUUCUUAGAGUGUUUGGGCAUGGCAAGGCCAACGGAGAGCCCACCUGGGCCCUUCUGCUUACAGCCAGCAUCUGUGAGAUUGGCAUCAUCAUUGCCUCACUGGAUGCUGUUGCACCCAUCCUCUCUAUGUUCUUCUUGAUGUGCUACAUGUUUGUCAAUCUUGCCUGUGCCCUGCAGACUUUGCUGAGGACCCCAAACUGGAGGCCACGCUUUAAGUUCUACCACUGGGCUCUGUCUUUCUUGGGUAUGAGCCUGUGCCUGUCGCUCAUGUUCAUCUGUUCCUGGUAUUACGCCAUGGUUGCCAUGGGGAUUGCCACCUGCAUCUACAAAUACAUUGAGUUCUGCGGAGCGGAGAAGGAGUGGGGUGAUGGGAUACGUGGCAUUUCUCUAAGUGCAGCACGCUUCGCUCUCAUGAGGCUGGAGGAAGGACCGCCACACACCAAGAACUGGAGGCCUCAGAUCCUGGUUCUGGUGAGCGUGGAUGCUGAGCAGAACGUAGAGCAGCCUCGUCUGCUCUCUCUGGCCAAUCAGCUAAAAGCAGGGAAAGGUCUGACCAUCGUUGGCACCUCAGUUCAAGGAACCUUCCUCGACAACUACACUGAGGCCCAGAGAGCAGAUCAGUCGUUGCGUAAGUUAAUGGAGACAGAGAAGGUGAAGGGCUUCUCUCAGGUGGUCAUCUCCUCCAAUCUGAGAGAUGGGACGUCCCACCUGAUCCAGGUUGGAGGACUGGGCGGUCUGAAGCACAACACUGUGUUGGUCAGCUGGCCCCGAAACUGGAAACAGCCUGAGUACCACCAGCAAUUCAGGAACUUUAUUGAGGUGGUUAGAGAGACAACUGUAGCUAGUCUGGCCUUGUUGGUUCCUAAAAACAUCUCCAGCUACCCGUCCAAUGGAGAGCGCUUCACUGAAGGCUACAUAGACGUGUGGUGGAUUGUCCAUGAUGGAGGCAUGUUGAUGCUCCUGCCCUUCCUGCUGCGCCAGCAUAAGGUGUGGAGGAAGUGCAAGAUGCGCAUUUUUACUGUAGCUCAGAUGGAUGACAACAGUAUCCAGAUGAAGAAAGACCUCAUCACCUUCCUCUAUCACUUGCGCAUCGAUGCUGCGGUGGAAGUGGUGGAGAUGCUUGACAAUGAUAUCUCAGCCUACACCUAUGAGAAGACACUGGUAAUGGAGCAACGAUCACAGAUCCUCAAACAGAUGCAUCUGACCAAGAAUGAGAAGGAAAGAGAGAUUCAGAGCAUUACGGAUUCAUCCCGUGGGUCCAUUCGGCGCAAAAACCCGUCUGCCUUGCGCUCACAUCACAGCAAUGAUGAAGGAGCCAGCGUGGCAGAACAACCAGAAGAUGAGUCUGUGGCUGUCUCCAACCCAAAACAGGUUCAGCUGAUUCACAGUAAGAACGCCUCCACACCAACCAGCCCAACGUCUCCCACUGCGCCUGCAGGGGGUACUGCGACCUGGACGGACAGCAAGGAUGGGGACAAGGGGAAGACCCAUAUUGCAACCAACCCGGAGACGGGCAAAGACCUCUUCAACAUGAAGCCGGAAUGGGAGAACUUGAGCCAGGUCGACGUGAGGCGCAUGCACACAGCGAUGCGCCUCAAUGAGGUCAUCACGAAAAAGUCCAAGGAAGCCAAACUUGUCCUGCUCAACAUGCCUGGACCACCCAAGAACCGCGUGGGCAAUGAAAACUACAUGGAGUUCCUUGAGGUGCUCACUGAAGGUCUCAAUCGGGUCCUCCUGGUGCGUGGAGGUGGACGCGAGGUCAUCACCAUCUACUCCUGAAGGGCUUUAAGGCCGUUUAACGCCACCUACACGGACUCAGCCCUUUCUAUAUUGUUCCAGAACAUUCCUCCUACACCCUCCGUCUAUUCUUUAACCUUUUAACCAUUAGACCACUUGAAGAAUUGUGCAACAGUCACUUUUCUGUUGACUUGUCAGCUGAUAACAGCAAAUGAGUUUAUGGUUUGUUCUGACACUUUAUUGCACAAGACUCUUAAAGCUUCACUUGUUCUCAGAUAGUGGAAGGGUUUUUUUGUUCUUUUUUUUCUGAUAUUUAAGUCAACUUUCGGUCCUUUUGCUUUUGUUCUUGGUUAUUUGUAACAGAGGAAUGUUUAGUUGUUUUUUUGUUUGUUUUUGCUUUUUUUUGUUAUUUAUUUAUUCGUUGAUGUUAUUUAUAUAUUUAAUAAUCUAAUCAAGUCUGUCUUUGUCCUGGUCUGUUUUUGUCUUUCAUUGUCCGGUUGGAAGCACACAAGUGUUAAUAGAAGAGAUGUAAGGAUUUUAAUUCAUAGUGUAAAAAGGUGUGGAUGAGAACCUUCCUAUGUUCAUGCAAUACAUUCACAUUAUUGUACCACCAAAGCUAUAGUGAGUAGUUUGAUCAUGAAACCAACAGUAUCAUUAGCACAGGAAUUUCCCCAUUGUGGAAUUAAUAAAGUCUGUCUUAUCUUGUCUAAUCACUGGCUCGUCCUUCAUAUGGCAGGGAUUUAAUCUCACUGCAGAGAGCUUGAGAGAAAUUUAAAUCAAAAGUAAACUAUUUGAUGCAGAUGAUGAAGAUCCCAAACUCUAUUGUUUGAGUUCAUUAUCCUCACAGUUGGAUUACAUACAUUGAAUGGACUCAGUGGCAUACUAUGAUACAAAGCCUUUGAGCUCAGCAAGGGCCAUUUUAAAUACUGCAUAUUCACUAAUCGUUUGAUGUGUAUUACCUCCCGUGUUCUGCAGUUAUGUAGCCAUGUUUCCCAGCAUGCCCAGUGAAGCCCAUGCAUUGUCAUGUGUUAGAUGUUAUGCUAGUUGAUCAGGGUGCACUUGGAUCUUUAUUUCUCUGUUGUUUUCAUAUUGAAAGAUUUGAAGUAAAUCACUCAAAAGGUAAAUGAUAGAGUAGAUUUUGGUAUAUGAUUCUUUUUUUUUUUUUUAAAUCCUCUUCACAACUCUUACUUCUUCCUGAUUACUUACAAACAAAUUGUGCCAAAAUAACAUGUAAAAAUGUUUUGAUACCAACUUUAGAAUAAAGACAGUUUAAAAAAUCUAAAUAUAACAUUUAAAGUGGAAUUUGUGGCCAGGUUAGCUCAGUUGGUAGAGCAGGUACAGAUAUGUGGAGGUUAACUCGUCAAUGCAGCAGCCGCGGGUUCUGUUCCGACCUGCGGCCCUUUGCUGCACGUCGUUCCCCUUCUCUCUCCCCUUUCAUGUCCUCAUCUAUCCUGUGGAAUUAAAAGCCUAAAAAUGCCCCAAAAAAUAACAUUAAAAAAAUAUAGAAUUUAAGUGUAAAUUUUUACCCCAUUUCAGACCAUGCAUCUCUACAAACGUUUGUAAAAUAUAGUGUUAAGUGUUAAAGAGAAUGUUAAUGAAUCUAGUAUUUGAUGGUUAAAAAACAAAAAUUGCAUAGAUUGUAAGAUGUUCGUUGAUAAGCAUCAAUGAUAUGUCAUACAUUUUAUCUCAGAGAAUUUAUUUUUUUACUGAAAAAAAAAGGUUUUGGGUACAGAAAAAUGCUUUUAAAACAUUGAAUAUACUGUAUUUUAUGCAUGCUAAGUGCACUAUUAUAAGCAGUACUUUGCUUGUUUAGUUUUAUUCUGAUUCCAAGAAUACAAUACCACUCUCAGCUGGAGCUAGGGGACUCUUAGUUUAGCUUAGCAUAGCAUAAAGGCUGAAAGCAUCCAGUAUGACUUCCUUCAAAGUACCAAAAUCCACCAGCAUCUGUGGUGUUAAAACCAAUGUUUUAAAAUGAUAAUUAGCCAAUAAUCAGGAGAAGUGACUCCAUGGAGUCUCGGCUGGUCGCCUGGCAACUGCAGACAACCUAGCUAGUUAGCUGUUUCCCUCUGUUUUCAGUCCUUAUGCUAAGCUAAGAUAACUGGCUGCCAGACUGAGAGAGGUACAGUAUAUUGUCUAACAAGAAAGCAAUUAAGCGUAUUUCCCAAAAAUGUCAAACUCCUUAAAAGGCUCAUUUGCUGCUAGGCUGUCACAUUUGAUAAUGUGAAGGAAUAGUUUCAACAAAUGAAACAUGUUAAAAGGAGGUCCAUGUUUAGCAUGAUUUAUGCAUUAAGUUGCAGCGGAAUGGUGGCACAGUAAGUAGGCCCUAUGACUACUGGGUUUGAUUCCCGAUCCAGACCUCCCCUCCCCCCAUAAAGACAUGCAUGCUAACUAACGCCUGCCAUUGCCAUAGGUACAGGCAUUACAACUGGAUUUGGUCCCCCGGCGCCGGACCAUGGCUGCCCAUUGCUCCCAAUUAGUUACAAUGGGUUAAAUGCAGGAAAUACAUUCUUCCUAUUUGAAAUGCAAUUGGCAAAUAAAAGAAUGAUGUGUUAUAGGUUAUAUUACCCUGCAGAGUACCUCUCAGACCUUUUUUGUGUGUGUAUGAGGAUGUUUAGUUUCUAUGUGUGUACAGUGUGUAAUUUUUAACAUACACACAUUCAUGCACAUGUGCUUGUUUGUCAUAGAUAGUCUCACUUGCAAAAAAUAAAACAGUGUGUGUGUGUGUGUGUGUGUGUGUGUGUGUGUGUGUGUGUGUGUGUGUGUUGUGACUCCAUGCCUGAGCUGUGUGUUUGUGUGUGGACCUGAUAUGUGUAUGAGUGAGGACAGUGUAUGUAACUGAACAUCAAGAUAGAGUGAAGAUGGGAUAUUUGUAAAUAGAUGUGUGAUUUUAGGCUUAGAGAUAACACGUGUCAUGUGUUAUUUUGCAGGUAUACACAGGUGUUAUAGAUACAUUGGCAGUUUUUAAUGUCUUUUAAAAUGAUAAUCUUUGUUGUGUUUUAUGUUUGAAACAUGCAAUUAUGUAUAAGUAAUGGUUUGAAGAAACCUUUUCAUGUCCACACAAAAUGCAAUAAAUUAAAUAUCGUUUCAAUAGAACA